AUGGAAUUCCUCAAGCCCGAAGGAACCUCUUCUUCUGCAGACUUUGACUCUCUACCAUACUCCCGCGUUCGCCUAGCAUGGUAUUACCGCCCCCGCGACGUUUCCGACCGCCCCGGUGCGAUCUACUCCGAAAUAUGUGAUAUCAAUCAAGUUAGGGCGAAAUGUUUUGUAGUUCAUCGAGACAGAUUAAAGCGGCCGGAUAGGAAUUCGAGAUUAUCCAGCGGUCGGACACUUAGGAACACGCUGGUUGAGCGAUACGAAUAUGUUGCUGCAGAGAAGAACUUGGAAUCUGUUCAAUGCGACCGGUGCAAGAAAUAUUUCCAUAUGCACUGCGUUCAACCUCCUCUACAAGCAAAGCCUUCUCGCGGCUAUGGAUGGACCUGCGCACCAUGCUCCCGCCGACAUGAGGAGGAAGUUGAUUCACGCGCCGCCUCCAAUGCUCCUGCCCCUCGUGGUCGUGGUCGUCCUCGAAAAGACCGUACUCAGGCAGAGAAGGAAGAGAAUUUUCCUGUGAAACACUUUAGGUUAUGGCCGUUUAGAUAUUUCGGGCAAUAUACCCUUGUUGAAGACACUCUUGAUCCAGAAGACCUGAUUUUUCCUCGAGCCGCUACACGGGUUGGCCCGAAAUACCAGCUUACUGCUUUUCCUGACAAUGGCGGCCCACAUCUUGGUCCUGACGAAGAACGUGGGACCGACAAGACUGUUGAGGUUCUGGGAGCAGUAAAUGACUUCACUCCUUCUGAAAUGGAAGCGUGUCUUCGAAGCAUAACCAACGACGGGAAGACUCGCAGCUCUGUCGACUUCCUUACUGAAGUUGUACGCCAAUUCUCUGACGCCACACUGAAUGGCAAAUCGCUUUCCUCUGUAACACCGAAGACGCUGAACAUGCCAAGGAUCGAAAAAUGGAAAGUCCAGCCUACGAGGCGCUAUACUGAUAAAGAUUGGUCUCGGGAAGAGAUUGUAGCAUUUGCUAUCGCGGUACACGGAGCUUUACGCGCAGUGAGAGAUGAAGUAGUAGUCAGGUCGAUAUAUGAGGUGGUGAGAUUCUACGGACAUUGGAAAAAUACCAAACUCGGUGAAGAGAACGAGAGGAUUCGUACAUAUGGCUCUAUGCCAACACCUAUUCCUUCAACGCAAUUAAGCCUUGGUGGUUUACAUCGUUCCCAAACCAUUGGCCUCUCUGACGACGAAUCUUCCAUCAUUGUCCCUCCUUCCAAAGUACCAUCCUGUGGUGCAUGUCGGACUCGAGAUAGUAAGAUAUGGUGGAAGGCACCGAAAGGACUCCAAUCGAAUGUCUUGUGUGACAGUUGCGGCGUUAAUUAUAGGAAAUAUGCCGACCUGAAUAUGAGGCCGACGAGGGAUGAGUCUACCCCGGCUCCAGUAGUGCCAUCAGGCCUAGGGCAGGGAAGCUCUACAAGGGGAAGACCGAGUGGAAGUAGCAGUAGCUCGGCGGAGAAGAGGGAGGGGACGCCAGUUACCGCAUCAUCUAUACCAUCGACCCCCCCACCUCCAUCCAAUGUUCCUCAACUCCGCUGUUGCGCAUGCUCGAAGAAUGGGCCCGUUGGGAAAGUAAUAAAGUGCAAAAAGUGCGGUUUUUCAGUUCAUGCCGCAUCUGUCGGGAUUACUCUGAGCGCCGACAAGCUAGAUGACUGGCGAUGUGAUCUAUGCGAGAACGAGGAAGAACAAGAAGCUUCUAUUUACCAUGACUGCUUACUAUGCCCUCGCCCGCGUGGUCCUGUACAAUCCCGUCCCGGAUCAUAUCUUCAAGCUUGUAAAGUGACAGAGAGUCAUGGUUGGGCGCAUGUUCUAUGUUCUGUGUUCAUUCCGGAAAUCAACUUUACGAAUACAUCGACGAUGAGAUCUGUAGAAGGAAUUACUGGUAUUCCCAAUCGUAGAUGGAUGGCACAAUGUGGUAUAUGUCAGCAAAGGGGUGGUGCUGUAGUCAAAUGUAGCGACUGUUCGAAGGAAUACCAUGUGUCCUGUGCGUGGAACCAGGGUCAUACGUUUGGCUUCGAGAUCCAGCCCGUCAAAGGAACCCGGAGAGAAACGCACGUCACAACGAUGUUCAGGGGAGAACCUGGUUGUAUGAAUGCUAUUAUCUCUUGCAAGGAGCACGACCACAGUCGGCGGCAGAUAUACGAGAUUUGUGAAACUGAUGACGGAGGAGAGAGUGCUCUCCAAGUAUAUUGUCGAGCAUACAAACAAGUACCCCAAGUAUCCCAAACACAUGCACUCCUCCGGAAAGCUCGACGGCUUGACCAACUUAUCACUGUCCGGCCCGAAUCCUCCGGCCCGGUGGCUGAUUUCCCAUCUGAAGACCUCCAGUGUGUGAAAUGCUCGACGCACUUUACGCCAAAGUUUUACCAGACGGAGAGCGGAUGGUUGUGUCAUGCCUCGAACCAUGACAUGAGUGGUGGCAUUGUCAAUACUCUCAAACUGCGGUCGCCAACUUUGCAGCCGGAGUCGCUCUCUGUGUCAGGGUCUGAGGUAUUGGUGAAUUGA